CUGCAGCGGAUUAGCGGGGCGGGUGUUUUAAUUUGCGCUGUGCGACACUGUCUGCGCAGCGCCAGUCUGACGCCAGCCGCCUCAGGGAGAUGCAGCGCAUCUACAUGCACAGCCACCACGAGCAUUUGGAGGUGUUCACCACCGUGCUUGCGCCGCAAGGCCGACAUCCAUGCCGAGGAAACGACGACAAGAUGGUGGUGGUGCACAGCUACAGCCCCCACUGGCCCGACGAGCUGGAGCUGUCUGCCGGUGACGUCAUCGUGGUUCUGUCCCAGGACUGUUCGGGUCGCUGGUUCGGACGCCUGCAGGACGGCCAGCAGGGUUACUUCCCCGCCUCCUGCGUCCUGGAGCUCGGCCAGGAAAACCUUGCGCCCAAAGCUCGUAUGAGGAGGAGAAGUUCGUCCCAAAGAGCCGCGUCGUCCUCGGGCGGUGACGGAGGGUGCGUACGGCGCAACAGUGCGAGUGGUCACGUUCUACAGGCUCUCCGGAGGAGGAGCCCUUCAGGAGGAGAAGCCGGCCCGGACGCAGGCCGGGACCCCAGCCCGGCCCCUCCGCGGAGACCCCCGCCGGCCCCCCAGGAACCCGGCAGCCCCCACGGCACCCCUCAGAUGCAACGCUCCCCGGGCCUGCUGCACAGGAUCCUGUCCAGGUGCCGCAGGAGGAGCGAAUGUCAGGGAGCCACCAACGGGGCCUUUGAGGGGGACUAAAGGGAGCCCCCUUGAAUAGAGCUCCACACGCCCAUAUUUGGAGUUCCCCA